UUGCCACCCACCGAUGUGUCGAGGCGUGAGCGCGCCAAAUGCUCACGUCGUGCCUACCGCCGCACGCGCCCGCCUCGUCCCACUCCUCGGUUUCUUCUUCCUCCCACCGCGACGCCCGAGACCCGAUCCCGCAUUAAACUAAUCAUCGCCCAAAAGCUUCGCUAAUCUCCUCCAAACGCCGUUGCCUCCACGCUAAUCGGCGGCUCGCCCCCUUUUAAUCGCAGCCGCCGCCGCCGCAGCCGCCUCCUUCCUGGUGCCGCCACCUGCUGGUGGCAUAGCACGAGCAGGGCAGGGGUGGUGGUGUGCGGGUUGGGACUCGGCGGGAGUUGGGAGGGAGGUUGGUGGAGCCGCGGGAUGGUGGCCGUUGGCGGAGGGGGGCGGCGGAGGCGGGCGUGGCGGUGGGCCAUGCGGGCGGCGGCCAGCGCCGUGCUGUGGACGGCGGUCGUGCAGCUCGCCUCCAUCGCCGGGCUGUUCCGCCCGCGGGUCUUCGCGGACUGCGGCGGCGGCGGCGCGGCGGGAGGCGGACUGGGCGCCGCUGCCGCGGGACUCGCCGCGCUCGCCGGCGAGGACAGCGUCGCGGCGAAGCUCUCGCCGCCGGCGCUCGUGCCCAAGAGAAUUUAUAAAAGCAAUGGUUAUCUACGAGUGACUUGCAAUGGUGGUCUCAAUCAAAUGCGAGCUGGGAUAUGUGAUAUGGUGACUAUAGCACGCCAUCUAAAUCUAACACUAGUGGUCCCUGAACUGGACAAAAAGUCUUUUUGGGCCGAUCCAAGUGAUUUUGGAGAUAUUUUUGAUGUGGAUCACUUCAUUAGUUCCCUCAGAGAUGAGCUGAUGAUUGUUAAAGAACUGCCUUUGAAACUCCAGUUAAGAACUAAGAAGAGACUAUACUCGAUGCCUCCUGUCAGCUGGUCGAAUGAAACAUACUACCUGAAGCGGAUAUUACCUCUUGCAAGGAAGCACAAAGUGAUCCAUUUUGAUAAAUCAGAUGCUCGCCUUGCAAACAAUGGCCUUCCGAUUCAGCUCCAGAUGCUGCGUUGCCGCGUAAACUUUGAGGCUUUGAGAUUCACUCCACAGAUAGAGGCCCUUGGCAAAAAACUUGUCUCCACCCUCCAGAGAAAUGGGCAAUUUGUUGUGCUUCAUUUGCGCUAUGAAAUGGACAUGCUCUCCUUUUCAGGCUGCACACAUGGCUGCUCUAGUAAAGAAACCGAGGAGCUCACUAGAAUGAGAUAUGCUUAUCCAUGGUGGAAAGAAAAGGAGAUCGAUUCUGAAGCAAAGAGGCUUGAGGGACUUUGCCCCCUCACACCAGAAGAAAUUACUCUAGUUCUUAAAGCUCUAGGAUUUACAAAAGAUACACUGAUAUACAUUGCUUCUGGUGAAAUUUAUGGUGGUGAAAGGCGCUUGGCUGCGCUCAAGGCUGCAUACCCUAAACUAGUGAGGAAGGAGAAGAUUUUAUCUCCUGAUGAAUUGCGGCCAUUUCAGAACCAUUCGACCCAGAUGGCAGCACUGGAUUACAUGGUUUCUUUAGCAAGUGAUAUUUUCAUUCCCAGCUAUGAUGGAAAUAUGGCAAGGGUUGUUGAAGGUCACCGCAGGUAUAUGGGUUUUCGCAAGACCAUUGUAUUGGACAGAAAGAAGCUCGUUGAACUCUUGGACCUUUUCCAAGGAGGUGCACUAUCUUGGGAUGAAUUCUCAGGUGCAGUGAAGGAGGCACACAAGAGCCGCAUGGGCCGACCUACAGAAAGAAAGAUCAUCCCUGGGCAGCCCAAGGAAGAGGACUAUUUCUAUGCAAAUCCUCAAGAAUGCCUUGGCUCCAAUGGGGGAUUAAGAGACGUUUCCUGAAAAUGCUUCCUGGAAACGUGUUGCCAAUGAAUACUGGUGCCUCGACCCAAUAGCACACCUGAUUGUUCGUUGACAUACUCACCUUUGUACAGCUGACCAAAGGCCCUCUCUGCUUACUAAGCAUUUACUUCAGGUACAUGCAGGUUCACAAAUCAAAUGCUUACAACCAGAAUCGUCACAGAAUAAAGCAGAAAAAGAAGCUGAAAUCCUCCGGGUUCAGAAAGAAGAGAUGCCGCUUGUGCAUCCAGUCUGCUCCUUUUCCACCAUCUGUUAUAGAUGUUGUAAUCCUUUUGUUCACCAGUCAGUUUUCUCACUCCGCUGUUUCACACUCCCAUUUUGCUGCGCCCCCCAAUUUUUUUUUUUUGAGGGGCAGCAUCCCUGAUGAUGCCCCAGUAGAAGCUCAGUUCCCUGAAAGUUUCUUGUACUGACCAGUCACCAAAACCAUUAAAAUUCUCAACUGAUAGACGGUUUCUGACAAAUUACUCUAGAGAGUUGAAUUAAUGUAGAUUGAGCAGUUAUUUUGUUUGCAGCAUCUGAUCUAUAGAUUUUGUGCUUAUUUUUAUCGAA